UACGUACUUCCUCCGCAGUCUGCAAGCUGCAAACUAGCCUGCGCUGCUCCACUGCUGCGACCCGAGUCCGUGAGCAGCGGUCCUCAGACACGAUGAGCGGCCAGACGAGCACGAUCGUCGCCGGGAUGUGCGGAGCCCUGUUCGUCGCCUACUGCGUUUAUUUCGACAGGAAGCGGCGGAGCGACCCGCUCUUCAAGCAGAAGCUGCGGGAACGUAGACGGAAGCAUAAUGUUUCUGGAGCAAACUCGGGACUAUCGCAGCUUCCGGACCUGAAGGACGCAGAAGCUGUUCAGAAGUUCUUCCUGGAGGAGAUCCAGCUCGGAGAGGAGCUGCUGUCACAAGGUGAGUUUGAGAGAGGUGUGGACCACCUGACCAAUGCGAUUGCAGUAUGUGGUCAGCCUCAGCAGCUGCUCCAGGUACUUCAGCAGACGCUGCCUCCUCCGGUCUUCCAAAUGCUGCUCACCAAACUGCCCAGCAUCAGCCAGCGAAUCAUCAGCUCCCAGCCUUUAACAGAAGACGAUGUGGAGUGAAUGUAUAAAAAAUACUAUUAUGCUGUAAAGGGAUUUCAGACACUGUUAUUCAUUCACUGUUUGGUAUGUGUGACUGCGGAUGUGUGAGUUUUGUGUGAGAGCAUUAUGACCUAGUUUGAUCUUUGGACCUCAGAUGACGAUAAAGCCCCUCUGUCAUAGCACUGCAAGGUUAGAGAACUAUGUCAAGGUUAUGUUUCCUGGAAAUGUUAAUCACAUUCCAUCUUUCUGAACUUGUUCCCUCCAUGUCUCAUGUUUUAUAGCCUCGUCUUGAUUCUAUUUAUUUUCCUAAAACUUGUGUUUUGACGGGGCGGCUGCUGAUAUGUUGCGUACAAAGUAAGAAAAUAAAUGAUUGCUGUGCAGUUGAUAGAGGCUGAAUUCUGGUAAUCUGGGACACCUCAGCUUCAGUCUGUUUAUUUCCUGUUCUAACAAAGUGUAGUCUGAGUUAGCAUGUACAUCAUAUGACUAAAUCACAUGAAUUCUGGGGGUGAUGUCACAGAAAGGGUCGGGGUUAAAUGUCAAUCGGAAGCGCAUGACAAGGUCAAUGACAGGAUUCACACAAGAUUAAUGUGAAGGAUAUUAAUCUGUCACAAAUAAGAAUGUUCCUAAUUGGUAUCAAAAUAUGUUUGUGAUGUAUUCAAGCAACAAAAUGUGAUUGAAAAUGAACAUUGUUUAGUUGUUGCACUUUAUCAUAUAUUAUAAUAAUAUUUAUAAUAAUGUGGGACAUCAUGCUUUGGGUAAACAAUCAUUUAAGUUCUCUAAAUGGGGGAAAUAGGCAUUUAAAGACUUCAUGAAGUAUAAAGGAGAUGUAACAUAUGAUCUGCAGUUGUCAGGAGUUAAUGGUAAAUACAGGCUGUCCUUGUCUGUUUAAACUAUCUAGCACAUGAUCAGUAGCUCUCAGGGACAGAGCUGAUCCAAGAAGCACAGAAGUGUCUGUCCUGUGGUCGGCAGCCAUCUCGUGAAACGUGAAGGCGAUGUGCUGAUUGAUGAUGGUGGUCUCUCACCUGCAAGGACUUUGUUCCCUGUGUGACCCAAAUAGAAGGGUGAAUUAAUGAAUAAUCUAAUGUGACACACCUGUAAUAGGUUUUAAAUUAUUAUUUUUCAUAAUGCUUAGACAUUGCAAAUGUUGAGCUUGUCCUGCAUAAAGCAAAGCGAUUUCGGCUUUAUGUAACAGCCUAAUACAAGUGUCCCAGAUAAUCAAAUACAGGUAAUUACUUUUUUGUUGCAAAAAACACUAAAUGCUGUGUCAUGUGUCCUCUGAGUAUGAUAUCUCCUUUCUUUAUGCUGGUGUGCUUGGAAAACAUCUUGAGGAUUACAGAAAGGUAAAAUAUGCGCAAAAUAUUUCCCCGAAAACCUGAAUUCACCCUACAUGUAAAAUGAGUGUACUAAAAGAAACACUUAUUUGUGCAAUACUGUCUGUACAAUGCAAUGUCAGUUAAAUGUUAUUUUUAUAGUCUUUCAUAUCUGGACAUAUCUUUGUGUUUAAAAUCCGACAAUAAAACCUGAAAACAC